CCUGGAGAAGUGGAAUCUCGCUGGCGUUGCUCCCAGCUCGGGACUCGUGGAGUGGCACUGGGCAUGCUCAGUCGCCGGAGCCCGUCCUAGGCUCAAGUAGGAGGAAGCUCGUGUGCUGCACCCGCAGCUGAUCCGGGCGCUUGGUGGAGGGCGAGACUGGAGCGGAGCUGUCGGGCGCCGUAGCUGAGGCGAGCACUGCGCACACCACCGGUUGGAGCUGCUUGGGUGAGCUGCUGCGGCCCGUAGCCAAGCAUGCUGUGGUCGGAUCUGCCCAGCUGUGGAACAGAAACAUUUGCUGGAUGGAAAAUCCAUAAAAGAAAGCUGCUGUGAAAGCCUGAGACAGACCAUAACUUAAGCAAAAUCAGAUAUAUUUGGGCUGCCUGACCUCAUUGGGUGAUUACUGCUAACAAGACUUUGUGGUAAAAGGGAACUUGUCUUCUGAGCUUUGUACCAAAGACCUGGGCAAACCAACCCUCUCAGCCUUUUCCGAGUACUUGGAAACGGCCGAGGCCCCUGCCGAUCGAUGUGCUGACUGGUCGCUAUGGGCAGACGGUCCGCGGAGGCUCACUGUUGUCCAGGCAGCUCCUCCGACUCAGGUGCAGACACUGUGGCGGUGUUUAUGGCCAGCAGCGGAACCACGGAUGUCACGAAUCGGAACAGCCCGGCCACCCCACCAAAUACCCUCAACCUCCGUUCCUCCCACAAUGAACUGCUGAACGCUGAAAUCAAGCACACAGAGGCCAAGAACAGCACACCCCCCAAAUGCAGGAAGAAAUACGCACUAACUAACAUCCAGGCAGCCAUGGGCCUCUCGGACCCAGCUGCGCAGCCCCUGCUGGGGAACGGCUCCGCCAACAUCAAGCUGGUGAAGAACGGGGAGAACCAGCUCCGGAAGGCUGCGGAGCAGGGCCAGCAGGACCCCAACAAAAACGUCAGUCCCCCUGCGGUCAUCAACAUAACUUCUGAGAAGUUAGAAGGUAAAGAGCCCCACCCACAGGAUUCCUCGGGCUGUGAAAUUUUACCCUGCCAGCCCCGGCGAACCAAGAGCUUCCUAAACUACUAUGCAGACCUGGAAACCUCAGCCAGGGAACUAGAGCAGGACUCGAGUGGCCAGCACGGGGUUGCAGGAGAGAAGGCCCCGCCGGGCCAGGGCCAGGCCUCCACCGUCAUCGGGAAUGGCGAGGUGCCGCUGCAGAAACCAAACAAACCCCAGUUCAGCCCUGAAGACGGCCAGGUAGCCACAGUGUCGUCCAGCCCGGAGACCAAGAAGGAUCAUCCUAAAACAGGGGCCAAGACGGACUGUGCACUGCACCGGAUCCAGAACCUGGCGCCCAGCGACGAGGAGUCCAGCUGGACCACACUGUCCCACGACAGUGCCUCACCCAGCUCCCCGGACGAGACAGCAGACAUAUGGAGUGAUCACUCAUUUCAGACCGACCCAGAUUUGCCUCCUGGCUGGAAAAGAAUCAACGACGUGGCCGGGACCUAUUACUGGCACAUCCCGACGGGAACGACACAGUGGGAACGCCCCGUCUCGGUCCCAGCAGAUCUUCAGGGCUCUAGGAAAGGGUCCCUUAGCUCUGUAACGCCAUCUCCCACCCCGAGAACGAGGUCAUCGAGUGACCAAAUGUUAACUGGUGACGAGGCCGUGUGUCAGGGAACUCGAGCUUUUCGUGAACCAGAGGAACUAACUUUAGCUCGAUCAGGGCUAGUUCAGAAACAGCCAUGGAGUGAUUUUGCUGUUCUGAAUGGGGGAAAGAUUAAUAGUGACAUUUGGAAGGAUUUGCACGCAGCCACAGUGAACCCAGACCCCAGUCUAAAAGAGUUUGAAGGAGCGACACUGCGCUAUGCGUCUUUGAAACUCAGAAAUGCCCCACAUGCUGAUGAUGACGAUUCUUGUAGUAUCAACAGUGACCCAGAAGCCAAGUGCUUCGCUGUGCGCUCGCUGGGGUGGGUAGAGAUGGCAGAGGAGGACCUCGCCCCUGGGAAGAGCAGUGUCGCCGUCAACAACUGCAUCCGGCAGCUCUCUUACUGCAAAAACGACAUCCGGGAUACAGUCGGCAUUUGGGGAGAGGGCAAGGACAUGUACCUGAUCCUGGAGAACGACACGCUCAGCCUGGUGGACCCCAUGGACCGCACCGUGCUGCACGCGCAGCCCAUCGUGAGCAUCCGUGUGUGGGGCGUGGGCCGCGACAACGGCCGAGAGAGAGAUUUUGCUUAUGUAGCAAGAGACAAAGAUACAAGAAUUUUGAAAUGUCAUGUAUUUCGAUGUGACACACCAGCAAAAGCCAUCGCCACAAGUCUCCACGAGAUCUGUUCCAAGAUUAUGGCCGAGCGGAAGAACGCCAAAGCCCUGGCCUGCAGCUCCUUACAGGAAAGGACCCACCUGAACCUCGACGUCCCCUUACAAGUAGAUUUCCCAACACCAAAGACCGAGCUGGUGCAGAAGUUCCACGUGCAGUACCUGGGCAUGCUGCCCGUUGACAGACCAGUCGGAAUGGAUACCCUGAACAAUGCCAUAGAAAGUCUAAUGACCUCAUCCAACAAGGAGGACUGGCCAUCGGUGAACAUGAACGUGGCCGAUGCCACUGUGACUGUCAUCAGUGAAAAGAACGAAGAGGACAUCCUAGUGGAGUGCCGUGUGCGGUUUUUGUCCUUCAUGGGCGUCGGGAAGGACAUCCACACCUUUGCCUUCAUCAUGGACACCGGGAACCAGCGCUUUGAGUGCCACGUCUUCUGGUGCGAGCCCAACGCCGGCAACGUGUCCGAGGCGGUGCAGGCCGCCUGCAUGUUGCGAUACCAGAAGUGCUUGGUAGCCAGGCCGCCUUCGCAGAAAGUGCGGCCCCCUCCUCCGCCAGCGGACUCAGUGACCAGAAGAGUCACAACCAAUGUAAAACGCGGGGUCCUGUCCCUCAUUGACACUUUGAAACAGAAACGCCCGGUCACAGAAACGCCAUAGCUGCACAUGGUGGAGGAUUCCGUAACACUGACCCGAAGACCGAACAGCUACACUAAAGAUGAAGAACUGAUGCCUGGCCUUCCAUUCGGCUGCUGAUGCUUUGUCUUCAGAGAACUUAUCCUUAACCAAACAGUGUUAGACAAGCAUGUUCUCUCGUCUUGCCGCCGUCAUGUGAUAGGAAAAGAAGCAUGACUAAUUUUUUUUGCUGUCAGUAAGUUACACCAUGAGCAGUGGAAGGUCUUUCUCUUAUUGUAAAUAUCGUGAACAUUACUUAACUUCACACACACAGAGAAGAAUGUGGCCACACCCCUCCCCACGAACUGAUGCUGAGUCCCUGGAGUGAAUGAUGCCUGGAUCAGUUCUGUUGUCCUCCCGACUGGGUCUGUCACAACAACUUUAAGUCCCACAGCACUCUGCCCCGCUUUCUGCGUUGGAGUAGACACUGUGUACCAGAAACCAUUGAAAUGCUGUAAAAAUAGGAUGAUGAGUUUUUGUGUUCGUUACUCAUAAUGUCGAACCUUUUGGUUGACAAAGUUGGCUGUUGGCAUCCGUGUGGAGGCCAGCUGGUGGUUCUCCGUGACGAGCUCCUUGACACACAGACACCGUUCCGUGUCUACUCGUGUCACGUCAGACAGCUGUUUGUGGGGUACUGGAAAAAAGUGAAACUCAAAAUUGAAAACAAACCAAAUUUCAGAAAUUAAAAUCAAGCAAAAAUAGCCUUUCUUUUCAGAUGGUUUUCAAACUGAUUAAGAGGUUAACAAAGUCAUAAUGCAUUUUGGAUGGGACAUACUCAAACUUCUGCCUUAUUAUUGUACAAUGCAGCUAGAGAAUUAAAGUUCAUUAGGGCCAUUCUCUACAUAAACCACAUUAAAAUGAAAUAUUCCUCGGAAGCCUUUUUUCCUUAGUUCAGCAAUUAGCCAAUAUGCAAUUUGCAUUUGAAGAAAUGUCACCUGUAGUUUAGGUCAUCACCGUGAUGUUUUGUUGGUCCCCUUCCUGAGUACACAUUCUGCUAGGAUUCUGCAUCUAGCUCAGUCUUACCCUAAUGCUAUUUGUCCAGAAAGCUGUCUGUCCAUCACGUAUUUUCCAUGGCAACAAAUUACAUUAAAUUGAACCUGCUUGAAUUUAUGUAUUUACUUUUAGAAUUUGUUGGACUCCACUAGAUAUAUAUUUAAAUUUAUAUUUUUUUCCGUUAUAUUUUCAAGAUUAAAAAUUUUCAUAUCAGAGCAAAAAUGUACAUAAGAGCAAUGUACUGCUUAGUAAGUUUCCCAAAACUGGAGCUUUCCUGCCUCUCCAUCUAGAUAUGAAACUUAGCUCCAAGGUUCAGAUUUAGACCCUUGUUAACAUUGUUUUCCAAGAGAUUUGCUGAAGAGAUCGAUCUAAACUUCAAUCGUGUUUACUUUUAAUGUCAAAAUCAACACUUCACAAUAUCCAGUGAUAAAAGUAACUGCUCUAUGUUUAUCCUCUGCUGUGUGCUUGUCAAAUGGUUUUCACGUUCUCACCACACUUGAGCCUUGUAAGGGAGAGAAGGCACCAAAUAUAUUGGAGAAAUACAAACACGAAGCUCCCAGAGGCUCAGUUGCCUAGACUCAGGUCUCGCAAAAGUCAGGGCCCAUGCUUCCUACCUCCCAGUUUUCAGUUACACCGUCUCCACGCCAGCCAGGAAGUCUUUCCACAGUUCCUCUGGGCACACCCAGUUACUGUCCGGAAGUCUCAGAAUUCCCUGUGCAGGCGGGGGCAUACACGGUGGUGUGAGUCAUACACCCCUGCUUCCUCUCAGCCCAGGACUGUUCUGCAGUGUGCGUCAGACGUGUCGCUGAGGACAGUGUACCUGCAGUACACGGCCUGCUCAACCCGGGAGAUCCUCCAGAGGUGAUGUGUCAUGUGGCAGAGGCCUUCCCGCCCUGUGCCCUCUCGGAGUCCUGGAAUGUUGCUAGCACCUUAGUGUUAGGG